UGAAACUGCCGUUUACUUUUUUAAGUGGGCAUAUUCAUGAGCUUCGGAUUCAUGUGCCAUGGACGAAACUGGGAUCAGAACCAGUUGUCAUCACUAUCAAUACAAUGGAAUGCAUCUUGAAGUUGAAGGAUGGGGCUCAGCAGGAAGACCACGAAAGUUGUGGUUCCAGUUCCACAAACCGCAGUACCACAGAAAGCUUGAAAUCAGCAGUAAAAUCACGACGAGUUCAGCAGUCUGCUUCUCCUGACCCUGAUUUACCUCCAGGUUAUGUUCAGAGUUUGAUUAGGCGUGUUGUAAAUAAUGUCAACAUUGUGAUCAACAAUCUCAUAUUGAAGUAUGUGGAGGAUGAUAUUGUUCUCUCAGUCAAUAUCACUUCUGCAGAAUGCUAUACAGUGGAUGAGUUUUGGGAUCGAGCAUUUAUGGACAUCUCUGCCACUGAUCUGGUACUGAGGAAGAUGAUCAACUUUUCUGACUGCACAGUAUGUCUUGAUAAGAGAAAUGCUAGUGGUAAAAUUGAGUUUUACCAGGAACCUCUGCUGUACAAGUGUUCCUUCCGGACUCGUCUGCAUUUUACUUAUGAUAACCUCAACUCCAAAAUGCCAUCAAUUAUUAAAAUUCACACAUUAGUUGAAAGUUUGAAACUUUCAAUCUCUGAUCAGCAGCUUCCUAUGUUUAUACGGAUAAUGCAGCUUGGGAUUGCUCUGUAUUAUGGAGAAAUAGGCAACUUCAAAGAUGGAGAAAGUGAAGAUUUGAUUUGCCACACUAAAGAUAUGUUGGGAAACAUCACAGGCACAGAAGAUGAAGCAAGCUCAGUAAUGCAAUAUCCUACACAGUACAUUAGUCAAGAUCCUUAUUUCCAUCAAGAUGAUGACCAGCAACAAGGAUGGGUUUCUUGGGCUUGGUCUUUUGUUCCUGCUAUUGUGAGUUAUGAUGAUGAAGAGAAUGAUUCUGGUGGAACUGGUGAUGGAACAGCAGAACAGCAGAAGUCUCAAUCCCUCAAGGAUCCUAUUAUUUCAGUUGGAUUUUACUGUACAAAGGCAACUGUGACUUUUAAGCUCACUGAAAUGCAAGCUGAAAGUAGUUAUUACAGCCCUCAGAAGGUAAAAUCCAAAGAAGUUAUAUGCUGGGAACAAGAAGGAACAACAGUUGAGGUCCUUAUGAAAGGUGAACUUUUUUUUGAUUGCCAAAUAGGUUUUGUUGGUUGCCAAGCUAUGUGCCUUAAAGGAAUUAUGGGAAUUAAAGAUUUUGAGGAGAAUAUGAAUAGGAGUGAUGAAGAGGCAUGCUUCUUUAGUUGUGGAGAAAAUUUGAGCGUGAAAGGAAUGACAUACCUUACCAAUUCACUAUUUGAUUACAGAAGUCCAGAAAAUAACAGCAUUCGUGCAGAAUUUAUAUUGGAUGCAGCUCAUCAUAAGGAGACAUACACAGAGAUAGCUGGAAUGCAAAGGUUUGGGGCUUUCUACAUGGAUUACCUGUAUACAAUGGAAAGCACCAGUGGCAAAGUUUCUGGGAAUCAGCAAGACCUUUCUUCAGUAAAGAGUGAAGAUUUUGGAAAUGUUCAGGAGAUGUCUACAAAAAGCCUCAUUGUGGGUCCACUCAAUCUUCGACUGGAUAGCAGCGCAGUGCACCGGAUCAUGAAAAUGAUAGUUUGUGCUCUGGAACAUGAGUAUGAACCAUACUGCAAAACUAAGCCAGAUAUUAUGGAUGGAAGUAGAGCUAUGCCAAGCUCAGAAGAAGUAGCAUCACUGGAGGAAUACAUUCCCACUAGACUUACAACGUUCACUAUUCUUAAGUGUACAAUUAUAAUCCCCGUGGCAGAAUUCAAUUUACUAGACCACUUGCUGCCCAUAAUCAUGGGUGAGAAGAACUUGAGUGGACUGUUAAAUGCUGCAAGUUUCCAGCCCCUGCGGCCUUUACCUUCCAUCCGAAUUUUGGUGGACAAGGUUAACCUGGAGCACUCGGUGCCCAUGUACGCGGAGCAGCUGGUGCAUGUGGUCAGCAGCCUGGGCCAGCCAUCUGACAACCUGCUGCAUUACUGCUACUCACACUGCUACCUGAAGAUAUUUGGUUUUCAAGCAGCACUGACUUCCUUGGACAGUAAAGGAUUGUACUGCAUCCCUGUUCCAGUUAUCCCCUCAUUCAGUACUGCUGUUUAUGGCAAGCUGAUCAAGUUCCCCAAAUAUUGGUCCAAGCGAGCUCAUGUCCCGCUAACAGAAUGCAUUUUUGAGCUCCCUAAUUUGACAGUUCAAGCAACUAGAGCUCAAACCCUUCUGCUUCAAACUAUUUAUCAGAGCUGGUGUCAUCCUGUUGGAAAUGUCAGUUCAGUGGUGGUAAAUGAAGCUUUGCUGAAUGAGGUUUUCCAAACUUCAGGUGUGAAAUCUAAGAAUCCCCUGCCAACUCUUGAGGGCUCAAUCCAGAAUGUUGAAUUGAAGUACUGCGGCACAUCAUUGGUCAAAUGUGCCUCUGGGACCGUGGGAUCAAUAAAAAUUUGUGCCAAAGCCCCAGGUGAUGGUGGAAAAGAGAAGCUGAUUCCUUUAAUUCAAGGCCCUUCUGACACCAGAGACUUACACAGCAGUAAAUGGCUCAAUGAGAGUAGAAAGCCAGAAUCUCUCUUAGCUCCAGAUUUGGUAGCCUUUACAAUCCAAAUUCCACAGUGUAUGGACUACUGCCAUAAUUCUGGUGCUGUUCUCUUGUCCAGUGUACAAGGAUUAGCAAUUAAUGUUGAUCCAGUCCUGUAUACGUGGCUUACCUACCAACCUCAGAAACGAGUCAGCAGACACAUUCAGCAGCAGUCUGUAGGAGCUGUUCCCCUUGGUGUGUCAGUAACUCGAAAGAAAGAGGAUGAAGCAUCAGUUGGAAGUGCACCUUUGGCAAGGCAGCAGUCAAACCAAGCCUCUGAGUAUGCCAGCAGUCCUGUCAAAACAAAAACAGUAACAGAAUCUCGUCCUUUGUCACUCCCUGUGAAAACUGUGCUGAACUCAUCUGAAAACUGCAGAAGUCCUGAGGAAAGAAUGAAAGAAUUUAUUGGAAUAGUGUGGAAUGCAGUUAAGUGCCUUACACUUCAGCUUGAAGUGCAGUCUUGUUGUGUAUUCCUUCCCAAUGACAGCCUGCCCUCUCCAAGUACCAUUGUGUCGGGUGACAUUCCUGGGACUGUGCGAAACUGGUACCAUGGGCAGGCCAGUAUGCCUGGCACACUUGUUGUCUGCUUGCCCCAGAUAAAGAUUAUGAGUGCUGGACACAAACACAUGGAACCAUUGCAAGAAAUCCCAUUUGUUGUGCUGAGACCCAUCCUGGAAGAAGGUGAUGCUUUUCCAUGGACAAUUAGUCUGCAUCAUUUCAGUGUAUAUACCCUCCUUGGACAACAAAUGACUCUUAAUUUGGUAGAACCAAUGGGCUGUACUUCUACUUUAGCUGUGACUUCCCAGAAACUGCUUCCUUCAGGGCCGGAAUCCAGACACUCCUUUGUCGUCUGCCUCCAUGUCGACCUUGAAUCCCUUGAAAUAAAAUGCUCCAACCCCCAGGUGCAGCUUCUGUAUGAGCUAGCUGAGAUCACAAGUAAAGUUUGGAAUAAAAUUCAGAGGAAAGGAGUUCUGUAUCAAUCUGUGUCUUCUGUCUAUGCUGAAACCGUGACAGGACCUGUUCCUCCUAGCUCCCCAGUUAAAAGUAGCAUUGGUACUAUUCCACCAGAUACCAGCACAUACAGUCCAUCUGCUGACAUUGGAACCACUACAGAGGGUGAUUCUCUUCAGGGUGGUGAUGAUUCUCCAUUCUCAGACUCCAUUACACUGGAACAAACAACAAGUAAUAUUGGAGUUUCAAGUGGACGUGUCAGCCUAUGGAUGCAGUGGAUGCUGCCAAAAAUUACUGUAAAAUUGUUUGCUCCUGAUCCUAGAAAUAAUGGCACAGAAGUCUGUAUUGUCAGUGAAUUAGAGGAUCUCAGUGCCUCAGUGGAUAUGCAGGAUGUCUAUACCAAAAUCAAAUGUAAAAUAGAAAGCUUCAAUAUUGACCAUUACAGAAACAGCCUUGGGGAAGAUUCUUGGUCUCUGGGGCAAUAUGGAGGUGUGUUCCUUUCCUGCACUGACAAGCUGAACAGACGUACCUUGUUGGUUCGACCUAUCAGCAAGCAGGAUCCUUUCAGUAACUUCUCUGGCUUCUUUCCUUCUACAACUGCAAAACUUUUAGAUGGUUCACACCAGCAACAUGGAUUUCUUUCUCUCACUUAUACCAAAGCUGUGACAAAAAAUGUCCGGCACAAACUGAUAUCAAGAAAUGAACGAAGAACAUUCCAUAAGGUGUCAGAAGGUCACACUGAUGGUUCUCCUCAUUUUCUCCAUGAGAUCCUUCUCUCUGCUCAGGCCUUUGAUGUGGUCCUCUGUUUCCCUUUGCUAAAUGCAAUUGCAAGCAUUUUUCAAGCCAGGUUGCCAAGGAGUCAGAAGGAGAAAAGGAAGUCACCAGGUCAACCAAUGAGGACACAUGCUCUGACUUCCCGCAACCUGCCUCUGAUUUACAUCAACACGGGCGUGAUAAGAGUCUUCUUCCCCAAAAAUGAGGAAGAUCAUCAUAUUGCAGAAGCUAAUCCAUCAAUUAAAGAAGACACUUUGGUUCUCAAGAUUGGAUCUGUCUCUAUGGCUCCUCAGGCUGACAACCCUCUUAGUAGAGCUGUGCUCAGAAAAGACAUUUAUCAGAGAGCACUAAAUCUAGGAAUUCUUCGAGACCCUGGAUCAGAGGUUGAAGACAGACAAUACCAAAUAGAUCUUCAAUCUAUCAACAUCGGUACUGCUUAUUGGAAUCAGUUGAAACCAGAGAAAGAAAAUGGGAAAGGAGGGGUUUUGACAGAGACGGAGAGAAAUUCUCAAAAUCCAGCACUUGAAUGGAACAUGGCCAGUAGCAUAAGGCGGCAUCAGGAAAGGAGAGCUAUUUUAACUCCAAUUUUAACAGAUUUCACUGUUCGAAUAACUGCAGCUCCUGCCAUUAUUUUUACAAAAAUUGAUGCUACAGAGAAUUUACACACAGAGGAAAUUUUGGUGUGUGGUCAUUCUUUGGAAGUGAAUAUGACAACAAAUUUGGACUUCUUCCUCAGUGUGGCUCAAGUGCAACUUCUUCAGCAGCUGGUACAAGCUAAUAUGGUUGGACUGGAAGCUUCCAGUAGCACCACUGAGGUUUCCAAGCAAGAGCAGAAGAAGAUGGAUGUGGCUGAUGGAGGAACAGUUGAAACUUCUUCCCGUUACAGCGGGGCACAGGACAGUGGGAUUGGCAGUGACAGUGUUAAGAUCAGGAUCAUUCAGAUCGAGCAGCACAGUGGCACCAGCCAGCACCGCAUUGCCCGUCCUUCCCGCCAGUCUUCCAUCGUGAAGAAUCUCAACUUCAUUCCCUUUGACAUUUUUGUUACAGCAAGUCGAAUCUCAUUGAUGACGUACUCGUGCACUGCCUCACCUAAAUCAAAAUCAGUGCAAGAUCAGAAAGAUGGUGAGAAGAUAAGUAAAAGCUCCUUGAACCUUCCAGAAACAGGCAGCAGCCAUGAUACCAAGAAGCCCAGUCAGCCAUGCAUCUCUUCUGUCACAGCAGAUGAUCUUUUGAACAGUAACCCUCCCCUGUCUGCUGGCAGAAAACCUGGUCUUCUGUCCCUGGAAAGCCUGCACGCUUCCACAAGGUCCUCUGCCCGACAAGCCCUGGGCAUAACUAUUGUACGGCAGCCUGGGCGCCGGGGGGCGGGGGACAUAGAGCUCCAGCCAUUUCUCUACCUGGUUCUGUCACAGCCCUCCGUGCUCCUCAGCUGCCACCACAGAAAGCAAAAAGUGGAAAUAUCAGUGUUCGACGCUGGCCUCAAAGGAGUGGCCUCAGACUACAAGUGUACAGAUCCUGGGAAGACUCUACCAGAAGCUUUGGAUUAUUGCAAGAUUUGGUUGCAUACAGUAGCAGGAGAGGUAGAUGCUAAAAGUGGUAUUCCACCUCCUCUUAUCACUGUGCAAAUUAAAGACUUCCUUAAUGGACCAGCUGACAUAAAUGUGGACAUAUCAAAACCUUUGAAAGCAAAUCUCAGUUUUGCCAGACUUGACCAAAUAAACCAGUUCUUGAAGAAAAUCAUAACCACGAAUGAAGAUGUGCCCAGGAAGGAGGCUGCUUCAUCAGCUGGCAUUAUUCCAGAUGAGGACAUCACUUUGAUAUCCAGACACCCCAGUACAAAGGACUUUCUACCUGCAGCCCACACCAGCACUGUGCAAAAGGCUUCAAUGCAGGAAAACUUGUGGCAAGCCCUUUCCUGCUUCCAGAAAAUUUCCAUUCACACUGUUCAAAUGGUUGUUUUGAUGGAAACCAUCCCACACCCCAGUAAACCUUGUUUGUUAGUCUCUUUCUCAAACCUCAGUGGAAGCCUGAAUAUUAAAAGUGGACAUAAAACUGCAGGAAUCCAUGGAUCAUCUUUAGUCCUUGACAUAAAAGAUUUCUUACUUAAAACAAGUCUGAAAGAAAGAGCAAAAUCUCUGGUUGGCCCUUUUUGCUGCUCCCUUAACGUGGAAGCCAAGUGGUGCAAGCACAGUGGUGAUCCUGGCCCAGAGCAAUCUGUUCCAAAAAUCUACAUUGAUUUGAGAGGAGGACUGCUGCAGGUUUUCUGGGGUCAAGAGCAUUUGAACUGUUUAGUUCUUCUCCAGGAGCUUCUGUGGCAGUACCUGAGUAAAAAGGGCAGUGUAGAGACGGUGAUAGCUGAACGUACACACCCAACGUGUUUCUCUACAGAAAGGAAUCCAGCCUCAAAACCUGAGCAUACCUCAGAUGAUCUGAGAACAGGCCUCUUCCAGUAUAUACAAGAUGCAGAAGCACAAAAGCUGCCCAAUGCCUAUGAAGUUGUGUUUUACAAUGAAACUGAGGAUAGUCCAGGAAUGAUGCUGUGGAGAUAUCCAGAACCUCGAGUGCUCACUCUUGUAAAAAUUAACCCUGUUCCUUUUAAUACCACUGAAGACCCAGAUAUUAGCACUGCUGACCUUGGAGAUGUUCUUCAGGUUCCUUGCAGCUUGGAGUACUGGGAUGAGCUUCAGAAAUCAUUUGUUGCAUUCCGGGAAUUCAGUCUGUCAGAAAGCAAAGUCUGCGAGCUGCAGCUGCCCAGUGUCAGCCUUGUGAACGAUCAGAAGGAGCUCAUAGCCUCUGACCUGUGGAGGAUUGUCCUCAACAGCAGCCAGAACGUGGCUGAUGACCAAAGCUCAGAGAGUGAAUCUGGCUCCCAAAGCGCGUGCGAUCAGCUUGUGACCCCCACGGCAUUAGCGGCCUGCACCAGGGUUGACUCCUGUUUUACUCCUUGGUUUGUGCCAUCACUGAGUGUGCUGAUCCAAUUUACCUGUUUGGAAAUCCAUCUAUGCCAUCAUCUUGAUCAACUUGGCACAGCACCACCAAAGUUUCUUCAGCCAUUUUUAUCUGAUAAGAACAUGCCAUCUGAACUAGAAUACAUGAUCGUUUCCUUUGAUGAGCCUCACGUGUAUCUUCGUCAGUGGAACGAUGAGUCAGUGUUCCAGGAGAUGCAGUUUUCGACUCAAGCUGACUGUAAACUUCUGGAAUGUCGAAAUGUGACCAUGCAAAGUGUUGUGAAACCUUUCAAAAUCUGGGGGCAGAUUGCUGUUUCCAGCGGCACAGCAGGAAGGCUGUUCGACUGCACGAUGAUGGUUGACCCUAUUUCCAUCAGCUUUGGCCAAUAUGCACUUCAUUCUCUAAAUACAGCAAUUCAAGCUUGGCAACAGAACCGAUGCCCUGAGGCAGAGGAGUUUGUCUUCAGCCAUUUCGUGAUCUGCAAUGACACCCAGGAGACGCUGAGGUUUGGCCAGGUGGAUACUGAUGAGAAUAUUUUGCUGGCUACUCUCCACAGUCACCAGUACAGCUGGCGCUCGCACAAGUGCCCCCAGCUGUUACACAUCUGUAUUGAAGGCUGGGGAAACUGGCGGUGGUCUGAGCCAUUCAGUGUGGACAAUACCGGGACCUUCAUUCGCACCAUUCAGUACAAGGGCCGGACAGCAUCACUUAUUAUCAAGGUUCAGCAGCUCAGUGGAGUGCAGAAGCAAAUCCUAAUCUGUGGAAGACAGACAGUCUGUAGUUACCUUUCUGAAAGUAUUGAACUGAAAGUGGUUCAGCAUUACAUUAGUCAAGAUGGACAGGCUGUUGUUAAAGAACACAUCAACUGCCUUGCAGCCAAGCAGAAAUUGCCUUCGUAUAUCCUAGAAAACAAUGAGCUCACUGAGCUGAGCGUGAAAUCUACAGGAGAUGAAGACUGGUCCCAAGAUGUAUGUCUAAGUUCAAAACAGACAGAACACAGCACUGUCAUUCAGGUACCAUCUUCAAAGAGUUCAAUUACAUAUGUGUGGUGCACAGUUUUGACUUUAGAGCCCAAUUCACAUGUGCAACAGCGAUUAAUUGUUUUCAGCCCUCUUUUCAUUGUAAGGAGCCAUCUUCCAGACCCUAUUAUCUUACAUAUAGAGAAAAGAAGCCUGGGAUUGAAUGAAACACAAGUGAUUCCAGGGAAAGGACAGGAGAAAGCACUGCAAAAUAUAGAACCUGAUCUUACACACCACCUGACUUUUCAAGCCCGGGAAGAAGAUGAUCCAUCUGAGUGUGCAGUCCCUAUCUCAACCACUCUGAUUAAACAGAUAGCCACUAAAUCCAACCCGGGUGGCAGCGUCAGCCAAGUGCUCUCCGAGUUCUAUGGCAUUGCCAGUCCUCCCCAGCCUGCAUGGCCUUACAAUAGGAAGGAUUCAGACAGCAAUGAACAGCUCUCCCAAUGGGAUAGUCCAAUGCGGGUAAAGCUGUCAGUGUGGAAACCCUAUGUUAGAACUCUGCUGAUUGAACUCCUGCCCUGGGCUUUGCUCAUCAAUCAGUCCAAGUGGGACCUCUGGCUGUUUGAAGGAGAGAAGAUUCUUCUUCAAGUACCUAGUGGGAAAGUAAUUAUACCUCCCAACUUCGAGGAAGCUUUUCAGGUUGGAAUAUACUGGGCAAACACUAAUACUGUGCACAAAUCAGUGGCAAUUAAACUGGUUCAUAAUGUGACCUCCCCAAAAUGGAAGGAUGCUGAUAAUGGGGAAGUAGUAACACUGGAUGAAGAAGGUUUUGUUGAAGCUGAAAUUAAACUUGGUGCUUUUCCAGGUCAUCAAAAGUUGUGUGAAUUCUGUAUUUCUUCCAUGGUUCGACAAGGUAUACAAAUUCUACAGAUAGAAGAUAAGACAACAAUAAUCAAUGAUACGUCAUAUCAAAUCUAUUAUAGGCCACAGCUUGUUAUUUCCAAAUCCCACUCAGGAGAAGAGGACUUCCAGUGCCCCGAGAGCGCGGUGUUCAGCCUGGGCCCGGCCGGGGCGGGCAGCAGCGAGGCGCUGGGCGCCGUGCCCUGCUGGGACCUGCUGUGGGAGCCGGGGGCCUCGGCGGCGGGGCCGUGCCUGGGGCACCGGCGGCUGCUGCUGGCCUUGGGCAGCGCCGGGGCCCGGCCGGCGUGGAGCCUGCCCGCCGCCGUCAGCGCCGAGCUGGCCCGGCAGAGCGUGGCCGUGCCCGCGGCAGCGCCGGCCCGGAGCGGAUUGUGCACCAGAGCUAUAGCUCUGACUUAUCAAGAGCAUCUUGGUGUGACAUACCUAACACUUACAGAAGAUCCUAGUCCUCGUAUAAUUAUCCACAACAGGUGCUCCGUUCCAUUGCUUGUAAAAGAGAAUUUCAAAGAAACACCCAAGUUUGAAGUUUACUGUAGAAAGAUUCCAGCUGAAUCUUCGGUUCAUCAUGAACUUUACCAUCAAAUCUCCAGCUAUCCAGACUGCAAAACAAGAGAUUUACUGCCCAGUAUUCUCCUGAAAGUGGUGUCAUCUGAUGAAUUAGUAAACGAAUGGAGUGAUGUUGUGGACAUCAACAACCAAGGAACACAAAUUGUGUUCUUAACUGGCUUUGGCUGUGUUUAUGUGGACAUCACCCAUCACUGUGGAACAAUAGUCAUAACCUUGGCCCCAGAAGGAAGAGCAGGACCUGCUGGUAUCAACCUCAACAGAAGUCAAGAGCAGACCCUGUCACUGAAAAUGUUCAUCAGUCAGCUGAGUCUUGCUGCGUUUGAUGAUAUUACAAACCACAAAGUGUCGUCUGAACUCCUGCGUCUCACAGCAGACAAUGUUUUCCUCCACAUGGCCCCAGCCACCAGCUCCCUGUUACAGGAGUUCCAGCAGGACUCUGUGGAGGGCCUCCCACAGUUUCAUACUCUCCAAGUGUAUUGUGAAGACUUGCAACUGGACAAUCAGUUGUACAGCAAAUCCAAUUUCCAUUUUGCAGUCCUGCUGUGCCAAGAAGAGAAAACUGAAACCGCGCAGUGGUCAAGAAUGAACAAUCUCAUUGUUUGUAACAAAGAUUUGGAAAGCUAUAAGGAAAACUGCUUUAUUAAACUCUGUAUUGCUUUUUCUGAGGAAGAGAAUUUCAUGUUUCACGUGAAUGACCUCAGCUUUGAGCUCAAACCAGCUAGGCUCUAUGUGGAAGACACCUUUGUUUACUACAUUAAGACUCUGUUUGAUACAUAUCUUCCAGAAAACAAAACUGCUUGUAAAUCCAUGAAUGCUUCAGAUACCACCCUGAUAGUGCCUGAACAAGUGAGAGAGCAUGCAAGAGCUUUAGUCAAGCCAGUGAAGCUCAGAAGAUUAAAAAUACAACCUGUUAAUCUCCUUGUCAGUAUUCAUGCUUCAUUGAAACUGUAUAUAGCCUCAGACCACACCCCUCUCUCCUUCUCUGAGUUUGAGCGAGGACCUGUGUUCACCACGGCCAGGCAGCUCGUCCACGCCCUGGCCAUGCAUUACGCUGCUGGAGCACUUUUCAGAGCAGGCUGGGUUGUUGGAUCGUUGGAAAUUCUUGGAAGCCCAGCUAGUCUGGUGAGAAGCAUAGGGAAUGGCAUAGCUGAUUUCUUUAGGCUCCCCUAUGAAGGGCUGACCAGAGGCCCAGGAGCAUUUGUCAGUGGAGUUUCCAGAGGAACAACAUCAUUUGUAAAACACAUUUCCAAAGGUACACUGACGUCAAUUACCAAUCUGGCAACAAGUCUUGCUCGGAAUAUGGAUAGGCUGUCACUGGAUGAGGAGCAUUACAACAGACAAGAAGAAUGGAGAAGGCAGCUUCCAGAGAGCCUGGGAGAAGGACUGAGACAGGGGCUCUCUCGUUUAGGCAUUAGCCUUCUAGGUGCAAUUGCUGGGAUUGUGGAUCAGCCGAUGCGGAAUUUUCAGCGAGUGUCUGAGGCCCAAGCUUCUGCUGGGCAUAAAGCCAGAGGGGUCAUCUCGGGUGUGGGGAAGGGAAUCAUGGGUGUCUUCACGAAGCCCAUUGGAGGGGCAGCUGAGCUCGUCUCCCAGACAGGUUACGGUAUUUUGCAUGGAGCUGGACUUUCUCAGCUUCCCAAGCAGCGCUCUCAUCCAAAUGACCAACAUGUUGAGCAGGCUCCAAACAGCCACGUCAAAUACGUCUGGAAAAUGCUGCAAUCUCUGGGAAGGCCAGAGGUUCAUAUGGCCUUAGAUGUCAUGAUUGUGAGUGGAUCAGGCCAGCAGCAUGAAGGCUGCUUGCUGCUCACCUCAGAGGUGCUCUUUGUCGUGAGCAUCAGUGAAGACACACAGCAGCAGGCCUUCCCCGUGACUGAAAUCGAUUGUCUGGAAGAUGAUCAGCAAAAAGAUCUGCUGAAGGUGCAGCUAAAACAACAGAGAGUGCCUUCUGACUUGGAGGCCGAGGGCGCCAGGGAGAGACUGUCAGAGCAGCAGUACAACCGCCUGGUGGAGUACAUCACAAAGACCUCCUGCCACCUCGCCCCCGGCCCCGCCGCAGCGCCAGCCCCCCAGACCCUGGCUGCUGAACAGCCCCUGACUAUUACAAAAACCUAUCAGUAUGUAGUUGAUCCAAAUUUCGCCCAGGUAUUCAUUAGCAAAUUCACCAUGGUGAAAAAUAAAGCCUUGAGGAAAGGAUUUAAUUAAGUUAUUUCUGGUGUGUGUAGUAAUGCCGUACCAGUUUGAAAGCGAUGCUUUCUCUGCAGUAACCUACAUCAAGUAGAGAUGCAUGCAAUUUUUGAGGAGGUAGAAAUUGAUAACAAAGCCCAAUAGCUUUUCUAAUCUUGACAACAUUCCUGCUUCCUAGCCAAAAUACUAGUGCUGGAAGGAAAGUGUUCUGGCAAAGGAAUAAAGUGAGAAGGAACAGCCUUGGACUACAGCUUAAUCAAAAUCCUUUUUCUUUUCAAUAACCAAAAAUUAGAGAAUGGGGGAAAAUUACAUGCAUACGGACGUUUUUACCACACACAGAAAUGUGUAUCAAUACCUCUAUAUCUUAUUUUAGGGUCUGCCAGUUUCUGUUAUAAACCAGGUUUAUAACUCAGCUGUAAAAACUUGCUCAAGGUUGGGCCUUUCCCCCCACACCCACACUCCCCCAACAUGUGCGUCCUGAGGCAAAACAUUUUCCCCCACUAAAUCUGAAAAACCCAGUGUGGCUGUUUUAAGUUACUAGUGACAGCUGGGUUUUAGCACCACUUUAACCUUAAAAUAGCUUCCUUUAUUUGAGUGAAGUUCUGCAGGACAUUAGUCCAUAAUGUAAACUAGUGCCUUUGUGUGGUUUGGAGAACAAAACAUGAACUACAACAUGACUUUAUUUUUAAAACUGUCUGUAUACAGAAACUUUAUUUUAUCCACCAUCAAAUUUUCAAAAGUACUUUCAAUGUGUGUAUGACCGUGCAUUGUCUGCUCAUUAACUGGAAGCCAGUAACAUGCAGUUCAAAAAUGUAAGAAACAGAGCUGUCUCCUUAAAAUCUCCAAGCUCAAUGUAACCCAGAUGUGCAGGUGCUAAGUACACCUUGUGGGGUCUCCUGAUUUCUGAUCUGCCACCACUACAUUGUAUGUACUCCCUUCAGUCCUAAUUCAUUUUAUGCUUAUUGUCUUCAAACUGAUAAAAACAGGAAUAUUUAGAAACGUGACCUUUCAAAUAUGUACUAAGCAAAGUGAGAUUUUUCUAAAGUUGAUUGGAAACUAUGGACCCACAGGCACCAAUUGCAUUAAUAGUUAAUGAUGCCAUCACAAUACAUUUACAAAUAUAUGUUAAACACCUGCAUUUCUUGUGUAGACAAGAAGUCAAUCUCUGGGCACAGUUAGAUGACUUUAUAAACCAAAUUUGGCUAUGGCAGUUUCAUUUUAAAAUCAAAAGCUUACUUGGUUUCCAACUAUGCGUGUUAAUUUUUUUCUCCUUUUCUAUAUGCUUACCAAAAUGAAUUAUGUCUGGAGAUUCCUGAACAUGGCUGGAAUUGGAGUCAAAAACUGGAAUAAAAUGUGAUCACCAUUUGGAGCAUAUGCUUUAUAGUUAAUAACUUCUAUGCAUACUUGAUAUGACCAAAUGCACAGGAAAUAAGAAUGUAGUAACUGCGAUAUUUUUCUCUUGAGUUCUGCUUUGUUAAAAGGUAUUUCUAAAAGCUGUGUCUCUCAUCUACUGAGAGUAAAGGAGGCUGGGGUCUGCAUUGUCCUUUUCUGACUGUGAAACUAGCCCAUCCAUUGUCAACAUUUCAUACAAUGAUUUAAUAACUUAGUCAUUGUUUAAAUAACACUGUUUAAAAAUGUAUAUGUGUAUACACACAUGCGCUUCAUUCCUGAGUAUUUUAUGGAAGUUGUUUAAUACUUCUAAUUUUGCAUAUUGAUGGAUAAAUUGUAAUAUAAUUAAAUUGUUUAAAGAUAAUAAAGCUAUUCCUGUAAUACUU